AUGUCCGACAACGAAGACAAUUUUGAUGAUGGAGAUUUUGAUGAUGCUGAGGAAGACGAAGGGUUGGACGAUUUGGAGAAUGCUGGAGACGAGGAUCAGGAGAAUGUCCAAAUUCUCCCAGCUGGAGAGGGUCAGCAAGCCAACCAGAAGAGAAUCACUACCCCAUACAUGACCAAGUAUGAGAGGGCCAGAGUACUCGGGACCAGAGCAUUACAGAUAGCGAUGUGUGCCCCUGUUAUGGUGGAGCUGGAAGGAGAAACGGACCCUCUGCAAAUUGCUAUGAAAGAACUUAAGGGCAGAAAGAUUCCCAUCAUCAUCCGCAGGGCUGGCGUCCGCCUGUCUGUCCAGCCCACUCUCCUAGUGCUGGUCCAUUCCUCCCAGUCCGUCGCGCCUUCUCCUCCGCUGCUGCAGGAGCUGCUCCUGGAUUGUGGCGUGGAUGUGGAGGCGGACCGUGCACUAGCGCUGUGA